AUGGAGUUGUUUGUCGACCGACUGAUCCGUAAUUUCAGUCCCGACGACCACCGGAAAUACGGUGGCACCAUUGCCUUAAGGGAAGCAUCGGAGAUGCGGAUGAUCUCACCCAUGCUGUGCAACGCCUUCGAGGCGACCGCGCUUACAUUUGCCGGUCGGCGCGACGGUAACCGGUCAGUCGAGCUAGCGGGACAUGCCAAAUACGUCCGAACGCUCCGGCAACUCCAAGCUGCGCUAUAUGACGCCGACGGGAACAAAUCUACCGAGGUCCUCGUAGUGGUGCUGUUGUCGACUAUCACAGAGGUAAGUUACGGCCGCUGUAUUGGGUUCCCUGUGCUCACGUCUUCCCAGGCCUUCAAGCAAACGUCCAAAGACUCUAUUUUCAGACACCAGCUCGGCGGCUUAGAGCUUUUACGUACACGGUCAGCUUAUCGACAUCGCUAUGGAAUUGAGCGCUCUCUAUUCGUUGAUCUUCGGCUAUAUUGGGUCACGGCAGCACUGGUUCAUCGUAAACCGAGUUUCCUGGCGUCCAAGGAUUGGUUGACUGUUCCCUGGGCGGGCGAUGCACCGGCCAAGGAUAUCCUGCACCAUCUCCUAGACGUUGCAGUUGAUAUUCCCGGUUAUCUUUCUCGGAUCGAUGAAUUCGGCGCCAUGGUAGACAAAGCAGCCGCAUGCACGUUCGAGCUGACCGGGAUGCAGAGCUCCAUUUGGCAGCAAGCAACCGAGCUUCAGGCGCGCCUAGAUAUGUGGAAAGCCGUAUACGCCGACACAUAUCCUUCGGGCACGGCAUGGGAAGUGCACGACACCGAGUCCAAAGACGACUUUCCGGUCUUCCGAUAUCGCAACACCAGCUCCAUGUCUGUCACGGUCGCCAAGGUCUUGCACUAUCCCGAUAUUCUUUUGGCAACUUCGAUGUGUUUCUACUGGGCAUUGUCACUGGUCGUGUCGGCCUCGGAUAGCGGCCUCGUCCGCGUGCUCGGCCCGCAACAGCGGUACCAAUUUGCAUGCGACAUCUGUCGUAGCAUGAAAUAUUACAUCAACAACAUCCCGGGGUAUCUGAUGUCCCGGAUCAUGUUCGUUCUCCGCACCGCGUUCGACGCGUUUUCGCCGGGGAUGAUCGAGAAGGAAUUCAUCGCGGAGUUGUUUCAAUAUAUCGGGCGCAAACUGGAGUUUCCGGUGUUUUCGAACAAGUGCACGUCGUCGGCGGUCAAGAACGAAUCUACAUGA